GCUUAGCUAACGUUAGCUAACUGUCAUUCUACGAGGAUAGCUUACGUUUUCAUGUAACUCAGCAAUAUGGGAAUAAAACAAAUGGCCAAAUGAGCACGAAAAUGUGUACACACACGUAUACUUUGUUUAAGUGGUCUCAUCAUAAUCUCAAAUGCCCAGAGGAUGCCAAGUAACGUUACCGAAUUUGGUCUUUAUUUUACCCGUUUGCCUCGCAGUGUUGCCAUAUUCGUCUGACAAAAAGUAACCCAAUUUGACUGUAGAACCAACCCAAUCGCCUCGUUUUAAUCUAUAUUUGUUUACAUUUUGGGAAACUAAGUCAGCCGAAUUCACCGUUAGAUGUUCGUGAUUGCUACAUGCUAUUUGCUGUUCUGACAACUAUCAACGAAUUACUUUGAUGCGGAAGAAAACCUAAAAACAUGAUGAUUCACAGCCAAGUUCUGGAGUUAUAGGGUGCGCCUUUUUAUCUAUGAUGCUACACGGGUUUAUGAACGUUUCUUUUGCGAUAAAUUAAUGAUAUCCUCCUAUCCAUCCUGUGUUCGUAUUUAACUGAGCUAAGACUACAAUGUUUCACAGAAAUUGCUGAAAACGGGCGCUAGGGGUUCGUAAAGCAGCCUACCUGAAUUGCCACCACUGCUGCUGCAACUGUUGAUCGUCCACAGCUAAUCUUUGACUCACGUUUCAGUUUAAACCCCUGGAAUUUAGACUAACCUCUCGUAGGUGGAAACCGUCUGAAUGGUUCAAAAUUAUCACAAAUCAUAACAACCCGUCCGAAUCAAUUAUUACCCAAUCAAUUAAAGAGAAAUUAACCAAUUAAAGAAAAACUGCCCAACCUGGAAAUACUUCUUUUUUUUUCCAACCUGAAAGCAAGGGCGGUUAUGACGGUUGGGCGACGUCAUAUUCUGCAACGUCUGGGAACCAGCAGCGUUACCUAGCAAAGAAAACUAUCUUACCUAGCAACGGCAGUGAUUUCUAUUUGAUAACGGUUUGAAACAUUCUCGUUUGGGUCCAUUAUAGCACAGUGAUUUAACCUGAUGACAUCUAGAUCAAAGGCCCAGUUGGCACCCCUGCCAUGGACAGAGAUCCUUGCGUAUUGGGUGCUGUCCUUUGGCUCGCAUCUCUACUCUUUCUACCAACUGCACAGGUUCUCCAAAGAACAUGAAGCGGGACUAGAAAGAGGAUUGCAGUUGGAAAAAGGCCUUCUUAAGGGUUUUAAAAGGGACCCAUCAGACUUUGAGUGGAGUUUCUGGACUGAAUGGGCGAAGACAUCUUUACUUUGGACCCUCACUGGUCAUGGCAUCAUAUCAAGAUUGACCAGCAUCUUUUAUCCCAAGUUUAGGGUGCCAGCACUCACCAUAUAUGGCGUCUUAGCAGCCAGCAGCGUGUUGGGGGUUAAAGGUGUGAGUGUGCUGCUGGUACAUCUGGGACUGUCCUUUUCAGUGGCCCAACUGCGCAAACCUGCUCUGUCCUGGGCUUUAAAUCUGCUGCUGCUCUCUACACUUCACAUCCAACCACUUCAAGAGGUCCAGAGAGGCUGGUACAAGACGGAGGAGGAGUACUAUCUGCUGCUCUUCAGUGUUGCUGUCUGUGGUCUACGCUUCAUCAGCUUCAGUCUGGAGCAUUGCUGGUGCCCAAGUGAACAUGGUGGAGUUGUGCAGCUCUGCUGGUUGUUUUCAUACACCUUCUAUCAUCCUUUUUUCUACAAUGGACCCAUUAUCACGUACAAAGACUACAUUGAGCAGAUGCGGAGGUCUGCUGAGGAGAGUGACAGGGACCAUUCUGCUUUUAGUUACUUGGUACUCAGAUCAGGACGGAUCAUACUGUGGUGGUGCAUUGCAGAAUACAUGAUCCAUGUAAUGUACAUGCACUCCAUCCAGUCUAAUGAGACCUAUUUAGAGAUUCUUCCUCCUUGGGCCUUGGGCGGUCUGGCCCUGGCCCUGGUCCAGUUCUUCUAUGUGAAGUACCUGGUACUCUUUGGCCUUCCCUCCAUGUUGGCUACUGUGGAUAAACUAGUUCCCCCAAAGCUUCCUUCUUGUGUCAGCAUCAUGUACAGUUUCACAGGGAUGUGGAGGCACUUUGACGAGGGGCUGUAUCGAUGGCUCAUCAGAUACAUCUAUGUGCCGUUGGGAGGUUCACGACACGGCCUUCAUUACAAGUUGUUAUCCACUGGCCUUGCGUUCGGAUUCGUCUGUCUGUGGCACGGCGGCCAUGACUACUUACAGUACUGGGCCCUGAUGAACUGGGCGGGAGUUCUGGUGGAAAACGGAGUGAAGUCUCUCUUUGCUUCACCCUUGAUUCACUCCACUGUUGAGCAGAAUUUCUCUCCGGCGAUGAAAAGGCGUUCCAUCGCCUUUCUCUCUGCCUUCUCCACUGCCAUGCUCAUCCUGUCUAAUCUUGUGUUUCUUGGGGGGGUACAUGUUGGCAGAAUCUUCUGGAAGCGUGUCUUCAUUCAAGGCUGGUCGACCAUGGCCCCACCUAUGCUGGCCUUCCUCUACUGCUUUGCACAGAUUGGACUAGAGAGGACUUCUCGCCCGCCAUGAGUCACCUUGACUUUGUUAACAGAGUGAGAAUCUGUGCUGCCGGACAACCACAACAACCUGCUGAGUCCACUGCCUCGUUUCCACCACCCAGCAUCUCUGUGGCGAGUCUGGCUCAUGGCCACUGAACCUGUCCUAACCCGGCUGAAAUGCAGCUGAGCAGCCACUUUCCACGACCUGCGGGACCGGGCAAAAUCUGUCUGUACGCUAAGACUUAAAGGAUCAGUGUUGAUUCUUUCCAAGGAUAGAUUUUUUAUAUACACCAUGGAAAAUUUAAGUGCACAUUAACUGUAAUAGAAUGAAAGUGAUGCUGUAAAAUAAGGGCAGUUGCUAUAUAAGUCAUAUUCUGCCUUGGCAGUGUUGAGGCAUGUUUUCUACCCAUUAAGCUGCAGGGAAUCACUGUUAUUCUAAGAAACUGUAAAGGAAAAUAUGGACCUUGAAUCUGUCACGGUUAUAUGACUCUGAUAAGGUAUUGCUCAGCGGUGCAGAAAGCUGGAGAAAUGCUAAUUUCACAUUUACCAUCCUCCUUCAGCUCGCCACAAAAACAGGUGCGUAUUCAGAGGUUGUCAAUAGACACAGAAGACUGAUUAGAGCAGCAAGAACCCGAUCAAUGUCCUUAUUUCCCUGUAGAAUGACACUAGUAUUAGUAGAUGCAUUGCUAAAAAGCUGUAGAGCGACUACACACUAGCUUUCAAGUCAACAAAGUUACACUGGAAUGUGGAGGAAAGCAAUAACAAAAACUAUGUUUUACUUUUUUAUGUGUUGUUAUGUAUCACCUUGUACCUUCAAAAUGUCAACCAAAUUCAGAACCAGUUGUCGUGUUUGGAUUAAAACUUUGUAUUUCUAGUUA